AUGGCGUCUGACCCGGGUGGCGGGGAGCCAUCCUGGGUUUUUGGAUCCCGUUUUGGAAUCCUAGAAAGUUUUGAUCCUGGCGGAAGAGACCUAAAAUCACAACCGGGAUUCGGAAAAGGAAAAAAACGAGCAGUCCAACGAAACUCCAAGGAUGAACGUUUUUACUCCAAGGAAGCACGAGUUGAUUCAAAUAAUGGUUCACGAUAUUUGAUAUUAUCACGUGCUGGUAGUGAAGAGACGAUGGAAAAAGUUUCUCCGUUUUUCAUCAAAAAAGCAAUAGAUUCUAUUACUUCCCAAGUUACCAUCAGUAGGAUGAAGGACGGGAAACUAUUGCUUAAAACAGUCGAUAAAUUUCAGGCCGACAAAUUGCUGAAGCAGAAAAUUCUAGGAGGGUCCUUCAAUGUGUCCAUAGAAGAACAUCCGACACUCAACACCACAAAAGGCAUCGUUUACUGUCGUGACCUUAAUUUCCUAUCUGACGUUGAAAUUCUUGCGGAACUGAAAAGCGAACAUGUGAUUGGUGUUCGCAGAAUCCAAAAAAAGAACGCUAAAGGAGAUCCGGAAGACACUGGAGCGUUUGUGUUGACCUUCAAUCUUGGACUCUUGCCCAUAUCUAUAGAUGUCGGAUUUCAUCGCUGCAGAGUUCAACUAUAUGUACCAUCGCCGCUUCGUUGUAUGAACUGUUUAAAAUUCGGGCAUCAUAAGGAUCGUUGCCGUGGAAACCAGAUGUGUGCUCAGUGCGCGGGAGUUUUCCAUGAUGGAAGUAACUGCCAAAAUUCCAUUACAUGCAUCAACUGUCGGGGACCUCAUAGUUCGUUGUUCAAGGGUUGCCCAGUGUACGAGGAUGAAUAUGAGAUCCAACGUAUUCGCGUUUCGGAAAAAUUGUCGCUGAGAGAAGCUAAAACCAAACGACGCCUUCAAGCACCCAAUCCGAUCGUCCAAAGGCUUACGGAAAGUUAUUCUCGAGUAACGAAGACAGGAACAUUGCCUCAUCAGCCGUACACUCAGCAAUCAACAAAUUCAAACCAACAAAGACGGAAAGAACACCAUCUACCAUCAAGUGUGCACCAGCUACCCAUUGCGCUUUCCUCCAGCUCGAUAACGCCUCAGUCGUCGGAAAAACUGCUGCAGUACUCAUUCUCGCAAGAGAGUGAGAUACUUGCAACGCCAUCAACAACAAUAGAGAUUCAACCAACUAAAAUAAGUUCACUUAGUACUGAAAGUAACAACUUAACACAAAGUGAAUCUACAAAAUUAUCUACACCAACACAACUAACAUUACUAGAAAACACUCAAUCAAAUGAUUUGUUUAGAAAUAAUGAUGACCGAUCAAUACUAACACGAGCGAUUAGCGCUUCAAUGUUUGUUAAAGAACUGAACUAA